AUUAAAAUAAAUAGUUUGCAGAGGAAGCGGUUGAAGUCAUCAAUCAAUGGAGCAAUCGAUUUAAUAUAUGAUUUAUAUAUAAUUCAAAUUUUAUGAGUAAUGGGGUUUCAAGUUCAAUAACAACGACAUUUGUACCCGCUCGUCAGUUCGAGUAGUGCAUUAUAUAGGGGGUUCUGGUUCGACCUGUUAUAGAACAGCUUCCCAGCGAUUCUCUCAGUUUUUCCCCAACUUUAUGGAUUUAAGAGAGUCGGGAUCGAAUGCAGUUUUAUGCUGUGCACUUGGUGCUGCAUAGUUUUGAGCUUGCAAGAAGGAUCUUAUUUAUAAGAUCAAUCAAUAGGAGCAAUCAAUACCUUGAUAAGGUAUGUUCGAUAAAACCAAGAGGAUCUCGGCAUCAUUUCAAGAGUUAAUUUGAAUUUGCAGGCUAGCUAUCUAUAUCUAUCUAUCUAUAUUUGCUUUUUUAGUUCCAAGAGUCUAACAACCAGCAGCUUUCGAUCUAAUCAGCAGCCAGCAGUGGCCGAGUGCUCUGGCAAAUCCAUGUACUAAUAUGAAGAUAGCGCCACGUGAACUUUCCCAGGCCCCCGUCCAACGUUAUCCACGGCGGUGGGCGGAACUUUGUCCUAAUCAAUCGGAACUUCGUAUAGAAGCGAAGUGCGCAUAGUGGUCAUAGAAGCGAAAGUGCGCCAACGCAUCUCGCAGAUCUUAUUUUCCUUCAUAGAAAUCCAUAUGGGCAUGGAAGCUGUAAGUCUCCCCACCUCCCAUGGUCAUGGCACCAAGUGCCGCAUGGUUUUGACCCCGGUCAUAGUUUUUGGCCUUCGCAUUGGUUUUCGGCUUCAUUGCCCUGAUUGUGGACUUCUUAUCGCAAUCCGCGCCAGCUACAAAACAGCCCCGCCGCUGAGCAAACACAAGCAGUCGAUGGCCAACGGUGCCAGCGUAAAUAGAUCCAUCCCAUUUUCAACCCAGAGUGCCGAAUCGGAAUCCCAAAAAAAAACAUGUAUCUAGAGCUCUUGGCCAUUUUCCUGGCGACCGUUUUCGCGUGGGAUUAUUUGCGAAACAGGCGGCACAACAAGAUGUACGCCGCCGCUGGAAUCCGAGGACCCAGGAGCUAUCCUCUGGUGGGAAACGCUCCCAUGCUGAUCAAUGAGUCCCCCAAAACUGUCUUCGAUCUGCAGAACCGACUGAUUGCAGAGUUUGGUAAAAACAUAAGAAUUCAGAUGUUGGGCGAACGUGGCUUCAUAACCGCUGACCCAAAAAUGAUUGAGGCGAUCAUGAGCAGCCAGCAGACCAUUCAGAAAAACAAUCUUUAUGGGCUCCUGGUCAAUUGGCUCGGCGAUGGACUGCUCAUUAGCAAAGGCAAAAAGUGGUUCCGCCGCAGGAAGGUCAUCACACCCGCAUUCCACUUCAAGAUCCUGGAGGACUUCGUCGAGGUCUUUGACCAACAGAGCGCCAUUAUGGUCCAGCAGCUGUACGAUCGGGCGGAUGGCAAGACGGUGAUAAAUAUGUUCCCGGUGGCUUGCCUGUGUGCCAUGGACAUCAUUGCGGAAACGGCCAUGGGUGUGAAAAUUAAUGCUCAGCUCCAGCCGCAGUUCUCCUACGUUCAGUCGGUCACAACUGCCUCUUCAAUGUUAGCUGAACGCUUCAUGAACCCCCUCCAGCGCUCGGAGUUAUCCAUGAAGAUCCUCUAUCCGAAAUUGACAGCCAAGCUGAAUGAAUCCGUGAAGAACAUGCAUGACUUCACCAACUCGGUAAUCACUGAGCGACGCGAGCUCCUACAGAAAUCCAUUGCCGAUGGAGGAGAUGCCGACGCUGCCCUUCUUAACGAUGUGGGUCAAAAGCGUCGCCUGGCCUUGCUGGAUGUGCUGCUGAAGUCCACAAUCGAUGGGGCUCCGUUGAGCAACAGUGACAUCCGCGAGGAGGUCGACACCUUUAUGUUUGAGGGGCACGACACUACGACCAGUAGCAUUGCUUAUACCUGCUAUUUGCUAGCUCGUCAUCCAGAGGUUCAGGCUCGCGUCUUCCAGGAGGUCCGAGAUGUUCUCGGGGAUGACAAGUCGGCUCCAGUUACGAUGCAGCUCCUGGGCGAGCUCAAGUACUUAGAGUGCGUGAUAAAGGAGUCGUUGCGCCUGUUUCCCUCGGUGCCGAUCAUUGGACGCUACAUCACCCAGGACACCUUACUCGACGGCAAGCUUAUUCCCGCCGACUCGAAUGUGAUUAUCCUUAUUUACCAUGCUCAGCGCGAUCCAGACUACUUCCCUGAUCCGGAGAAGUUCAUUCCUGAGCGUUUCAGCAUGGAGCGCAAGGGCGAGAUCAAUCCAUUUGCCUACACUCCCUUCUCCGCCGGCCCGAGGAACUGCAUCGGCCAGAAGUUCGCAAUGCUCGAGAUGAAGAGCACCAUUAGCAAAAUGGUGCGACACUUUGAGUUGCUGCCUCUUGGCGAGGAAGUCCAGCCCGUUAUGAACAUUAUCCUGCGUUCGUCCACGGGAAUCAAUUGCGGUCUCAAGCCACGCGUCUAUUAGGUGUUCCGGGAUUGAGAUUUUUUUUUAUCUAGUUGUAAGUGAGCGAUUCUGUAAAUAUUUGAAUAAAAUACUUGUACAUAA